AUGCAAGGUCACCCUCAGUAUCACGACUCGUCAGAGUAUCCUCGUCCGGAUUUCCAACGCACGGGGUCACGCUGGCUGUCUCUCAACGGCCCUUGGGACUUUCUUUUUGACGAUGAUGACGUCGGCUUGAGCCUGCGAUGGCAGCAAUCUGGCUUGCCAGCUCAAAUUGCCGUCAAAAAGACGCUGAAGAAGAGCGAGGCUGGCAACCAGUCUGAAAACGAUACCAUCACUCAGCGCAUUGCCGCCGGGACUCAGAACCUACUCAAGGAUAACAUCUUUACACGGGAUUCCUCGGGCAAAAUCAACCACAAGCGCCCAAUUGCUGUCCCCUUUGUCUUCCAGUGCCCUGCGUCAGGCAUUAAUGAACGUGGCAUUCACGAAGUUCUCUGGUAUGAGCGAACUAUCUCGGACCUGCGCGACAAAAGCGAACGACAAGAGGGUCGCCGUCUUCUGCUUAGGUUUGGCGCCGUGGAUUACGAAGCCUCUGUUUGGGUCAACGGAAGCUUCGUCGGCAGCCACCGGGGAGGCCACGUCCCGUUCCAGUUUGACAUCACGGAUGCUCUGGAUGCAAAUACCCGUGGUGACCAUCGGGUGACGGUCCGUGUCUUCGAUUCAGCCCAUGAUUUGACUCAGCCGCGGGGGAAGCAAUAUUGGGGCGCGCAGCCGGAGAGCAUCUUCUACACUCCCUCUGGGGGGAUUUGGCAAUCCGUAUGGCUAGAAGUUGUGCCUGCAGCUAGAAUAGCUGAUAGCAGUUAUGGAACUGUAAUCAGAUCGAAUGAUAUCCAUUCUGGAGAUAUUCAUUUCGAGAUUGCAACACAGGGUUUGCAAGCAAGCCGAAGAUAUGUUGUCGAGGCAGAGGUUAGUUUUGGGGGCCAGUUAGUCUCCAAAUCCCCCAAGGUUGAUGUCAAAGAAGGAUCGGGUAGGUUCAGCUUGAGCGCCCGUCUCUCAAAGGAGAGUAUUUCUGCUCUUCCCGAGUCAACACUUGGGAAUGCCCCAUUGAGUGACGCUUCCUGCUGGCGAGAUGUCGUUGCUCUCUGGUCACCAGAGCAUCCUCAGCUGUACGAUUUGACAGUGAGGCUUUUUGAUUCAUUUUCCGGCAGGGAAGUGGACGAAAUUAAAACAACGACGGGCAUGCGCUCGAUACAAUGGUCCAGCAGCGACGGCCUGUGGAGACUGAACGAUGCUCCUUACUUUCAGAUGCUGAAUCUGGAUCAAGGCUACUGGCCAAACUCGUUCCUAACUCCAGAAUUCAUUUACAGCCUAGAGGUAGACAUUGAGUGCGCAAAGAAAAUGGGCUUCAACGGCUGUCGGAAGCAUCAAAAAGUUGAAGACCCGCGGUUCUACUAUUGGGCAGAUCGAAAGGGAUACUUAGUCUGGGGUGAAAUGGCCAACGCCUACCAGUUCAGCCGAGAAUACGUCGACCGUUUCAACCAGGAGUGGACUGAAUCUGUCAAACUGGCAAUCAACCAUCCCUCGGUGGUGACUUGGACGCCGGUUAAUGAGAGCUGGGGGUAUCCAUCGCUCAAUGAUAACACUGAGCAGCGCAAUCACAUACGCUCUCUGUAUUACCUGACCAAGACAUUGGAUCCCACCCGGAGCAUCAACGACAACUGUGGCUGGGAACAUGUUUGCACCGACCUCUCCACCUUUCACGAUUAUAGCGACGGCCCAGCACUGGAAAAGACCUGCGCAGAUUUAGAGGCCAUUUUCGGCCCCAAAGCCGGACGAGACUUUUUCGUAGGCGAAAUCGCCAACGUCGACAAGGGCACUCGCCACAACCCGGGAGCGCCCAUCAUCUGCACCGAGUGUGGCGGCAUCAAUAUUGCACUAGCCAAGAAAGACAACAGCGAGGAAUCGCGAGAUUGGGGCUAUACCACUGCGACGGAUCCCGAGGAUUUGUUGAAGAGGAUCGAGAGGGUCGUCAAGGGCGUUGCUGGCGGGGGGCAUUGCUGCGGAUUUGUAUACACACAGCUGACGGAUAUUGAGCAGGAGACGAAUGGGCUGUAUACGUAUAUGCGGCAGGAGAAGUUGGAUGCGGCAAAGGUAAAGGCCGUUAUGGAGGAGGCGGCGCAAAUGUUUUAUAAGAGGGUAAACGGGUGAUUGACUGAACAUGUAUGAAUACAGGAUAGUCGUAUACUACCGGUGAAGAGAUGCGAACCACCAAACUUUGUCUCUGGAUGGCCACGAAUGGAGUUUCUCUGGUCUUGUAUGUAUGAACCAAAGAACUGCUAUUUACUUGUAUUUAUCAUUCCUAUGAUGGAAUCUCUCUU